CGUCCUUUGUCGAGCAUGUGAUAACAUUGUAAUUAUUUUGUUUUUCUUUUGAUUAGUCGAAUCGUACAAGUAGAUCAGUCUGUGCGAAGAUGAGUGAAGUAUAUUAUUUUGUUUACAUCUUCUUUACGUAUAUAAUAUAAUGUAUAAUUACAUACCAUUACUAAUUACCGACCGGAAUGCAUUCUAUUGUCAACUUCAUCGUCUAAUCGAAAGUUAAUGAAGGAGAUUUGUAAACUCGUUUUCUGUUGGGCAUAAUUUAAAUGUUAUUAAUAUUAUUAAUUCUUAUUGUCGCUUUUAUGUGUUGAUGAAAGUAGUAAUACUUUUUGAAUAGAAGAUAAACCAACAUUAUUUUUCCAAAAUGUUGUCUUGGAGAACGACAAGCAUUAGUCGACGGUUACCUUCGAUUUCAAAAUAUUGUUUUGAAAGUGAACGAAGUUAUCGUAAAGGACUUAGAAGGAAACCCAUCGACGUUAUUACGGAAGACGGUUCGAAAGAAAGUGUUGAACCGUUAACAAAAAGUGAAGUUAUGGCUAAACUGAAACGAGAAAUAGAGCUAAAGAAUCGAAGCAAAAGAACUAGAGAAAUGGUGGAAGCUGAAAUACCGCCUUAUGAGAAACUAGGAGAUAAUUCUCAACCGUUUGUUAAAGUCAUGACACUUUUGAAGUCUCGUAAACAAAGAGAGAAAGCUGGUAAAAUUCUGUUAGAAGGCAAAAGAUUAAUAAAUGAUGCUAUAACUGCUGGAGCAGAGAUUGAAACAAUAUUUUUCAGCAAAGAAGAAAAUCUUCAUGGAAUUCAUUUUAAGAAAAUUCCUCAUGUUAAAAUAAUGAAAGUGUUUUAUAAACAGCUGAGUUUAUGGUCUGAUCUAACUACAGCACCUGGACUGAUGGGUGUGUUUAAAGAACCAAAUAAAAAAAACAUUGUUUAUUUAAAUAAGAAAAAAAUUCCUCUGACUGUAAUAUGUGAUAAUGUAAGAGAUCCUGGAAAUUUGGGUACUAUCUUAAGAAGUGGAGCAGCUAUUGGAUGCCAAAAUAUUAUUUUAAUGAAAGGUUGCGUUGACGUUUGGGAUCCCAAAGUUUUAAGAAGCGGGUGUGGAGCGCAUUUCCGAGUGCCCAUAGUAAACAACGUCUGUUGGAAUAUUGUAAAUACUUAUAUUCCCGAAAAUGCCAAAGUAUAUCUGGCAGAUAAUCGAGACGAUGUUCAGAGAGAAAAUUUUUUUCAGAAUUUCUCUAGCGAAAAAGUUAUCGAAGUAAAAGAAGGUGAAAAGUUAAUAAUCGACGAGACGUACGAAGAUAAAAAUGAGUUGCAAAAGUUUAAAUAUGUACAUCUUCCACAAUAUAAUUAUACGGACGUCACGUAUGACGACAAAUGCGUUCUGUUGAUUGGAGGAGAAACGGAAGGUUUGAGUAACGAAGCCAAGAAACUGGCGUGUGAAUACGAAGGAUGCAGAGUUAAAAUACCUGUAGAAAACGACGUGGAAAGCCUAAAUUCGGCCAUAUCAAUGGCGGUUAUAGGAUUUGAAAUCAAAAGACAGCUUCUAUCAGGCACGCGAACACGAUAAUGAAAUUAUAUGAAUUUUAUUCGUACAGUUGCAUUUUUGUGUGAAUCAUCAUUAAAGUUACGAAAUAAUGGCAUUCGGCAUUAAUUUAGUCAAUAUGAUUAUUUUCGGAAUGUCUAUGUGACGAGUGCUCAUUGGGCUGCAGUUUGAAAAACUUGUAGACCUAUAAAUUUUCACUGUCGUCCGUCCGCUUGUCUGUCCUUAAUUUUAGUUAGUUAGGGGACGGAAUUAGAUGAAAGCCGAGAUCAGAUACGGAAAGCUUACGGGCACAAAGCCCCGAUUAACUAUUCGGGAAGUCGCGUUAUUUCACUUCAAAUAUUCCCCGAUUACUUCCGAUUGGAUAAUAGAACGUCGAGUGGUCAGUAUAAAAAAUUGUUCUCUCGUCUUAUCGUGUUGGACGAGAGCUGCUAGACUAUGGUGCCCCGUAGUAAAAUGUGACGGAAUGGCUAUGCAAUGUGGUUAGUAAUUAUGUAUUUUAUAUUCGUUGGUACCCGGGGAAUAAGAGAUCUUUUGAAGAUUAACUGACCCGUUACAGACGUGGAGAAAAUCCGGUAAACUCCACGUGGCCAACCCACCACCGAACUCCAAGUGUUCAAGGAAUAGAACCGUUUGACCACUUGUGGACCAAAGUAGUAGUAUUUUUUUAAUUUUAUUUUUGCAAAAGCGACACCACGCGGCUUUUUUAAAAUUUAAAUUUAAUGAAAUAAGUUUAAAAUACGCCAUCUGCAAAAUAUUUAAAAAUGCAACUUAAGGGAAAUUCCCUGGUCGAGCAGUGACGUCACUGUAACGUAAGUGGACCACCGAUCCGAAAUAGAUAAAACGUUUAUUCUAUAGUGGAGUAAAAACUAACGUAUUGUCUGGUGCACCAAAAACAUUGCCACGGCUCUGAUUAUACCAUAUGUAUAUAUAUACACUCGUAUAUCAUUAUUGAAACAUUUUUCAAACAAUUUUUCAACAACAACAACAAUGUUUACUAGGAAACAAUCAUAUCAUUUUUUAUACUUUUCCUGUUUGGACUGCAAUUAGAAAAAAUUGUAGACCUAUAAAUUUUGUCUGUUUUUUAAUCUCAGGAACAAUUUUAAUCAAGAGUUAGAUAGAUGAAAGUCGAGAACAGAUAUGGAAAGAUUAGGCCGGAGGCCCCGAUUAACUUCCGGAUAUAGGAACGUCCGGAAGUCACGUUAUUUCAAUUCGAAAAUGUUCCCCCGAAAGGAGUUAAAUAAUACCCCGCACGACUCUAUCGCCAACGGAAAAGUAUGAUGUACAGGAGUAACACCCUACUAGUUUCGGGUGGAAAGCAUACAUUUUAUGUUCUAAUGGUAAAAAACAGAGAAAUAAAGUAAAAUUUCUUAUAUAAUGCGAUGAUAAUCAAGCUCUUGUAUACCUCGCGUUUCUUUAUGCAGCUCUCGAUAAGCGCUUUACAUCGAACACACUGAAACUGGUUUCUAAAUGGCCAACACUGCUGGUGACGUCAUUUCGCUACACUCUUGCUGCAUAAAGAAACGCGGGGAUACUAGUAGCCUGGGA